CACCAGGUCAAACUGUUUCCCAAGAGCAAUGCGGACAGUUCCCGUUUUAUUACUGGAGGGAAAGGUUUGGGGAGACCCGUCAGCUGGGACAGAGCCAAAUUCUCCACCCUCCUCUUGCCCCGCUCUCCGCUCCGGGACGGGGGAGUUGCGCAUCGCGUGCUUCACAGAACAACUCUUCCACACCUCCAGUUCUGCCCCCUCCCCCCACUGAACCAAACCCACGAGGAAAUCAGAAAUUACGGCCAACGAGCGCUGUGUCAUCUCCGGCAUGGGAGGGGAAUCUUCAUAGGUCGCCAAGGACGUGAACUGCAGAGAUAAAGUGGCGAUGAUUUUCGCCUUCGUCUUAGUGUCAUCCGUUCGCCUCUAUUUUAUCGUGCGAGCCCAGUUGGAGAGCGAAGCUUGCUCUGCGAAUCAUGUGGCCACGUUGGAAUAUCGCUGCACCAAGGCGUCUGGGGAGGUAUCCACGUGUUUAAGGAAGAGAUGUUGCAAGGGUUACAGAUACGUACUAGGACAGUGUAUCCCUGAGGAUACUGAUGUCUGUGCUGGCUCACCCUGUGAACAGCAAUGCACUGACAGCUUUGGACGUGUUGUCUGUACCUGCUAUCCUGGAUUUCGUUUUGACCGAGAGCGCCACAGAAAUCGUCAGACACCCUACUGCCUUGAUAUAGAUGAGUGCUCAGUGCAUAAUGGCACACUUUGUGAUCACAAGUGCAUUAAUACACAUGGAAGCUACAGCUGUGAGUGUCAAGAAGGAUUUUAUUUGCACAUCGAUGGCAAGUCCUGUCUCAGAGAUUUUAAUGAUAGCAGAGCAGUGAAGUCUGAGCACCUGAUGAGUGCAGGCACUUGUUCGGUCACAUGCGAGGAAUUUCUACAGAUGAAGCAGACUUUGGUGCAACUCAAACAGAAGCUGCUGCUAUCAAGCCUGGACAACUCCAGUGAAAAGUUACAACCGUUGAGGAAGUGUACAGAAAGACUGCAGUGCCCUCCACACAUUGUAGGCCGUCCGGGUGCUCCUGGACCUCCUGGUUCUCCGGGACGUCCAGGAGCUAAAGGCAUGAUGGGACCAGAGGGAGCUCCAGGAGCUCCUGGACCACGUGGGCCCAGAGGCUUCAUGGGCCCCAUGGGUCCAACUCCUGAUCUGUCCUCCAUCAGGAGAGGAAGACGAGGUCCAGUGGGUGCACCUGGCACACCAGGAAAGAAUGGAAUAAAGGGUGAGCGGGGACUUCCUGGACCACGAGGCCUACCGGGUCCCCCUGGAUCAUUUGAUUUCCUCCUACUGAUGAUGGCUGACAUCAGACAUGAUAUAAUCGAACUGCAGGAACAAGUAUUUGGCGAGCGACGGGGCAUCACUCUUGACACUCUGCCCCUGGAUGCACAAGACAUGGGAUCAGGGCAGGAGGAGAUGUUUUCCACAGAGUCUGCCAGUAGCAACAGGUGACUGGAUCUUCCCUGCUCUAAUGAACACGCCUUUGUCUCGUAUUCUUAUAAGACUUGGUCAGAUCAAUCAAUCUCCACGGAUUGUGCCAUGAACUACUUACAGUAUAUAAAUUGAUAUUUUAUAUAGCUGGUGUUUGUUUGUUUCCAAGGUGGAAAGCUGAAUUCUUCUGCUACACAUUCAAUCCCACUGGUGAUCCUGUCUGUAAUCACUCUGCCCUCCGUUGCUUACCUCAAUAGUUAGAAACCUUCUCCCUCUUUAUUUUAUUUAAGGAUACAGCAUCAUUACAGCCCCUUCUGGUCCAAUGAGCCCACUCUGCCCAAUUACACCCAUGUGAUCAAUUAACCUACUAACCCAGGCAACACACACAGAAUGUCAAAGGAACUCAGCAUCUAUGGAAAAGAGUACAUUUGACGUUUUGGGCGGUGGCCCUUCAUUAGGAUUUGUUUGUGAUUGAACCUACUAACUCAUAAGUCUUUGGGAUGUGGGAGGAAAUUGGAGCACCCGGAGGAAACCCAUGUGGUCAAAGGGAGAAUGUACAAGUUCCUUACAGUCCGUGGCAGGUAUUGAACCCAGAUCACUGGUGUGGUGAAACCUCACACUAACCACUACGCUACUGUGCUGCCCUUAUUUAGCAAGACCAGCUCUAUCUCCCUUCCACCCUCUCUUCUGCAGACGUUUCGCUCAAUAGCCUGGAUCUGAUUCCAACUGAAAGCCUUCUCGACAUCUUCUGCCUUUGAUCACAUCAUCCAUCUAAUCCUGUUCAGAUGAAGCACUUGGAAGUUUUAUUUUGCCACAAGCUGGUUGGAAAUGACUCCUGCUGCUCUCUGCCCCCGAUCGUUGGCUGAUACCAGCCUUAGCUGAGUGGGUAGCGCUCUCACCUCUGUGUUAGGAGGCUCUCAUUGCAAAGGCCAAAUAGGCAUUUGCAGGCAGACAUUUUAAAGCAAUAUUCAGAGAAGAUGUCUGACCCUAGAGGCAUAAGAGACUGCAGAUGCUGAACUCUAACAGCCUGCUGGAAAAACAGUGGUUCAGGCAGCAUCUGUGGGGAGGGGAAGAGGAAAGAGAAGGAAUUGUCACUGUUUCAGGUCGAAACCCUGCAGGUUCUUUGCCCUACCACCCUCCCCACAGAUACUGCUCAAUCUGCUGAGGUCCUCCAGCAGAUUGUUCAUUGCAUUAUCCAUCAAUAAUUGAUCCCUCUCAUGCUUUUAAAAGCUGCAUGACAUGAUGCUCAUACCUCUACCUUGCUGACAGAUUCCCUGGUCAUUAUCACACUGCUAUUUACGGGUGUCUCUCUGAGUGCUCAUUGAACACUACAUUUCCUGCAGCAAGGGCAAAGUAUCCAAAAGGGCUUCUCAGGCUGAGAAAAAAGCUUCAGGAUAUUCUGAGCUCAUGAAUCAUUACUACAAGAAGAAAAGCUGCCCUUGUAUUUUUUUUGCCAACUUUCCUUCCAGUAGCAAAUCAAUGCAGCUGCCAAGGCCCUAGAGCUCUGGAAUUUCCUCUCUUUCCUCCAUUAAGAGAGUCCAUUAAAAAAAACCCUGCAUCAUUACCAGAGGUUGAACAUCAUCUUACGUGGCUAAAUGGCAAUUGCUGAAUGACUGGACUUCUUUCAACUACUCCUUGCAGUGUAGGCCUACAUUUAAAUGGUGCCACAACAAUGAAUGGUCCUUUUAUUUAAAACAGACAUCUUGGAAUCAUUUAAUGUACUUUCCCUGUGGUGAGCAGAGAGAGUGAGGUUGAAAUGAUCUCAGGACUGAACAGCCACUGAUUAUAGUUAUCGGUGGUUUUAGGGAAUCACAAAGGAGUCCAUGGUUUUACUGAAUGAACUGAACAAACACAAAAUGCUGGAGGAACUCAGCAUGUUAGGCAUCACUCAUGAAGAGGAAUAAACAGUCGGGUCUUCAGACCGAAACCCACUGCCCUCCACUCUCUCCCCACCAAUCCCAACCUCGCUAUCAAACCCGCAGACAUGUGGGAUAUCAUUGUGGUCCGGGGGACUGACUCCUACCUUGCUGAGGCCUGGCGGCAAUUCUCAGACACCCCCUCUUAUAAACUCCUUGAAAAGGACCCCUCUCGGGAGCAUUAACUCCACAGAGCUCCCACCAGUUCCCUUACCCAGUACUGAUCAUUCCUACCUCAUGAUUUGAGAGUUAGGGGGCAAAAGUUUAAGGGUAACACGAGGAGGAAUUUCUUUGCUCAGAGAGUAGUAGCUGUGUGGAAUGAGAUUCCAGUAGAAGUGGUAGAAGCAGGUUCGGUAUUGUCAUCUAAAGUAAAAUUGGAUAGGUAUAUGGACAGAAAAGGAAUGGAGAGUUAUGGGCUGAGUGCAGGCCAGUGGGACUAGGUGAGUGUAAGUGUCAGCAUGGACUAGAAGGACUGUUUCCAUGCUGUAAUUGUUACAUGGUUAUAUGGUUACCAAAUAAGCCCUGAUGAAGGGCCUUGGCCCAAAACACCCAUUGUUCAUUCCUCUCCAUAGAUGCCACCUGACUUGCUAAGUCCCUCCAGCAUUUGUGUUUGUUCUUCUGAAUUUCUAGCAUCUGCAGAAUCUCUCAUGUUUGUGUUGUUGGAUGAAUUGUCCAGCUUAGAUCCACGUCUCAGUACCUCAACCCCCCCAUAAAACUUAUUUAUUUCCCUUCAAGCGUAUGACCAAUAGUUCAAUGGUUCCAUUUAAUAUCAGAGAAUGUGUACAGUACACAACCUGAAAUUCUUACUCUCCACAGACAUCCAUGAAACAGAAGAAAAACCCCAAAGAAUGAAUGACAGGAAAAUGUUAGAACCCCAAAUGCUCCCUUCCCUCCCACACACAAGCAGCAGCAAAGCAUCGAUCCUCCCCGUUCCCCUCCUCCCACUUAUUCCAGCAGAAAGCAUCAGCCCCCACCACCACCCACCGAGCAUUAGCAAGCCUCCAGAGGCCACAAGCUACAGACCACUGGUCUGUGGUCAAAAACCACUGCUCGUCCCUAAAGUUUGACAUCCCACAGGCUCUCUCCCUCUCACUAAUGAGGGGGAGAGAGGUAUCACUCCUUCCACAGCAAGUGGGGGGGGGGGGGAACAGGUCACUGUUCCGAUGUUACAGUCUGCAGCGCUGCUAUAUUUCAAAUUUCCAAUGAGACGCCCUGACAGAAUCCAAGACUGAAACCUUUUAAUACGGUUUAGUCCUGAUCUUAAUACCUAGCAUGAAUUUUUUUUUCUCUGCUAGCUUUGUUUCCCUAAUUUAUCACAAAUUGAUUAAAAUGUCUUAAAUAACAUGAGAGAGCAAACACCUGAGCUCAAGUGAAAUUUUGGACCAGAAAAAUUGAUUCUGCUUUUCUCUCUCAAGAUACUGCCCCACCUGCUGUUUCUUUUGCAAAUUCUCAGCAUCUCCAAUAUUUGCUUUUUAAAUGUUUAAGUGUGAAAAUUAGAGUGCAUAGGUUAAAAUCAUCCCCCAUGAUUUGCACUAUUAUCCAUGCAUUGGUCGGUUUUGAUUUCAUAUCUACUAUCCCUUGCUAAUGACAUGGUAUUGGAGUCCUGCUGAAUGGUCUCGGCCCAAAAUGUUGACUGUACUUUUUUCCAUUGACGCUACCUGGUCUGCUGAGUUCCUCCACCAUUUUGUGUGAGUUGUAUUGGGGACAUGCUGCCUACAAAUUACUUACACUAUACAUCCACUUUAACGAGAUUAUUUACUGUGCACAUAACAGGCAAUUUUUUCACAAAUUUGUGUGUGAAUGUUUCUUUGUAAGGUAUACGUAGAAUUGUUACAGCCCAAAAGAAGGUCCUUCAAAUCUCCAUGUCGACACUGGACUGCUAAUGUCUUACUUCCUCCUUUUUGGAGUUUUUAAUUUCACUUCCGUUUCAAUAUUUGCCAUUGCAGCUGCACUUCACAUUUAAUUUGUUGUGCAGGCACGUUGUAACAUUUUAUAGGGCACUGUAAAUGCAAAGGGAUUUAUAUGAAGUUUACCUGGAUAAUUUACAAGACAGUUUGCCGACCACCUGAUACUGAGUUUAAAAGCUGUGCGUGGAUUCUUGCUUCUCAGUAGCCAAGGCACUCAAGUGACAGCAUACUCCUUUAAACAAAACAAGCUGGCCUAUUUAAUAAAGCAGAUAAAAAGGGAAACCUGUGUGUGUUUAUUAAACUGCGCACAGCUGCCCGCAGUUCUGCCGAAGGCUAAGGAAAGCGCUUGCAGUCCAUUGAGCUACUGUGCAGACUGACCCAUAAGACCUUAAGACAUAGAAGCAGAAUUAGUUCAUCUGGCCAAUCAAGUCUGCUCCACCAUAGCUUUAUCGCAGCAGAUUUAUUAUCCCUCUCAACCCCAUUCUCCUGCCUUCUCCCCUAACCUUUGAUAUUCUUACUAAUCAAGAACCCAUCAGCCUCCGCUAUAAAUACACCUAAUGACUUGGCCUCCACAGCCAUCUGUGGCAAUGAAUUCCACAAGUUCACUACUCUCUGACUAAAGAAAUUCCUCCUCAUCUCUGUACUAAAGGGACUUCCUCGUAUUCUGAGGCUGUGCUCUCUGGUCGCACACUUUCCCACUAUAGGAAACAUCCUCUCCACAUCCACUCUGUCUAGGCAUUUCAAUAUUCAACAGGUUUCAGUGAGAUCCGCCCCCCCCCGCCCUUUCUUCUAAACUCCAGCAAGUACAGGCCCACAGCCAUCAAGUGCUCCUCAUACAUUAACCCUUUUGAUCCCAGGGUAAUCCUCUGGGCCCCUGUCCAUUGUCAGUACAUCCUUUAUUAGAUAAGAAGCUCAAAACUGCUCACCGUAUUCCAACUGCAGGCAAACCAAUGCUUCAUAAAGCCUUGGAAUUACACCCUCGCUUUUAUAUUCUAUUCCUCUCAAAAUAAAUACUAACUUUACAUUUGCCUUCAUUACUACUGAUUCAACUCCCGAGUACCUUUGCUUCUCUGAUUUCUGAAUUUGCUCAUCAUUUAGAAAAUAGUCUAUGUCUACAUUCCUUCCACCAAAGUUCAUGACCAUUCAUUUCCCUACAUUGUAUUCCAUCUGCCACUUCUUUGCCCAUUUUCCAAAUCUAUUGAGGUUCCUCUGCAGACUCUCUGUUCCUCAACACCUACUACCUGCUCCUCCUCUUACCUUUGCAUCCUCUGCAGACGUGAUCAGUUCCAUCAACCAGAUCAACAACAAAAUGUCAACAUUAUUUGCUACAUCCUCUAGGUGAACCAUUUUCUACUAAUACAGACAGCUUUUUUCAAUAACAGAAGCACACAGCCUGCAUUCUAUUUUAGACCAGUAUCUUCUCUUGAUUUCUGUUGUCAAGAUUUCUGGUCAGACUUCUGGGUCAAUACUUAGUAUAAAAAUUGCUAUGCCAAUAAUUUGUUUAGUUUCUUUUGCCACUGUGCAACUUUAGCUUCAGACCUGCCUCUCACCUUGUACAUACUGUAAAUAAUAUCUCAUAAUUAUCAAAUGAUUGUAGGAGAUAUCACUGACAAUGUGCUAUAUCUUAUAAAGAUUUUGCAAUGGAUGUUAUGUUUAUGAUACAAAUUUGUAACUGUUUUCCUGUAAAAUAUACAGGUGAUUGUCCUUGUCCUUUAUGUAAUGCUUUAAGAUCAUUUGUAUCUCAGGUUCUAAGGAAUCUUUUUGUUUGAAUAUGCAUCUGUGUACUUACAGAAUGAAAAACAUACUCAGG